AUGAAGACAUUGUGUCCCCAAAUAAGGAAGAGGGAGUUGGAUGUGGGAAAGACUAAAGGGGAGGAAGAUGAGGAAAAAGACAUUGACUGUUUUCAGCCAGUCUCCUGCUGUCCAGCUUGUAACCAAGAAUAUGAUGUUGCUCUGAUCCUGCCGUGCUCUCACACCAUGUGUGGUCACUGCAUAGCAGCUGGAGAGAGAACAAGCUCAGGUCAGUCUUUCCUCCGUGGUGUUGGCCUAUCAGUGUGCUCUGUGCUGUGCCCCUGCUGUCGACAUCCUGUGGAGUUGCCGUGCUGGACCUGGUCAUCUGCCACUUCCUGUCUGCCAAAACAUCCCACACUGAGUCCUACAUGUGUCAGCAGGGAGAAAUGCAUCAAGAAGGGAGGAUCUGAGGAUCACCCUCAACAUGUGGAGGGAGACACAUACCACACAGAUGCAGCUGAACAAAGAGCACAGAGCUGUUUGCGUGGUUCCAAUGCUGCCAGUUCACCAGUGGAUGGCGUUGUCGACCUGCGAGACGAGGAGAUGGAGCAGUCUGUCUACGGAUUGUGUUUUGCUCUGGAUCCCUCCAGUGUCCCUCCAUCCCUCCAUCUUUCCAACACCUCCCUCACUGUCACCUACCAAGGCCCUCUGACCCCACCUCCAGACAACGAGGUCAGGAGGUCAGCGACCUCUGACCCCAGAGUCCUGUUGGCCCUCCCAUGGGUCUGCGCUGAUGUCGUCAUUGCACGGGGACAGUAUUACUGGGAAGUGGAUGUCUGUAACAGCUCCAUGUACUGGAUUGGUGUGAUCUCAUUGGAUGGUUGUGAUGGCUGGUGGCUUGAAAGGCAGGGCAGGUCUUUCUGUGCAGUGUAUGAUGGGACCAGGGAGCCGCUCUGCACUGUCCCGCCCCAGAUCAAAACCCUCCGCGUCUUCCUCAACAUGGGAGGGGGAACCCUGAGCUUCCACAACCCCCUGACCCAGGAGCAUCUAGCCACGCUACCUACCCACUUCAGCACCGCCGGUGUGCUCCCAGCUUUGGGCUUAGGCCAGGGCCGGCUGAGGUUGCGCUGCAGCCUCCCUCCUCCUCCCCAUGUCUUCCUUAGUAAAGACUCAACCUACAAGGGGCCUUGUGGGGCCGGUGGAGGCCGGUGGCGCAGGGAGAUUCCCUUCCAGAAUGUGAGAAAAGUGAUACAGAAGUUUGAGGAGCUGGCUGUGUCGGACUCAGACUCGGGCCUGGUGUCCAGUUUUGGAUCGUCCUGCUCCACCUUGGCUUCCCUUCCAGAUCUGGGGAUUCCUGGGAUGUUUCCCUCUGGGCACGCAGGACAGGAAACUGGAGCUGAAUAAAAAGAGCCUCUGAAACUUCCUCUUCAGUGGGAGCAUCAAAAACACACCCACAGCUCCUCUGAGUGGUUUGAUCUCUAGUUGUCAUUUGAAAGGCAAAUUUUUCAUCUUGAAGGACUUUUGGCUGCCUCUUUCCACUCUCUGCGUGACCCCGGACCUGCAAUUGACUCUCUCCCCAGGACACAGGCCUUUCUCUCAACCAAACAACCCCUGCUGGUUUGGGCUCAGGCCAGAAAGAGUCCUCUAUAAGGUGAAGUGUGAGGAAACGGUGGGCUUUUAGCAGCGGGGCUUCUUGAUUUGUCUCUGUGUGACGGUUGUCAGACAGUAGGGGUCCUACAGUAGUGGCGUGCAUGUUCCUGCAUGUGUGUAUGUGGGAACAAGCGCUGCCUUGAGUGUGUGCAUUUGCUCAGUCACUCAUACAUUUCGGUGUGUGUGUAAGAAAGAGGGAACAAUGUACAAGCGGCAGGGGGUGUGAUGACGAGGUGCGAGUACAGUGACACCAGCGGUGUUGACACAGAGCAGAGAGGACAGGUGGUAACAUAUGUUUAUCCCGCGGCCUGCCUUCGAUAGGACAGUAGGGCUGCCCUUUUCUGACCCUUUGAAAACCACAGGACCCCCAGAGACUUCAAAAGAACAACAGAGAAUGGGAGAACAGAGAGGAAGAAAGAGAAAACAGCACACAUGAAUUAAAGACAGCAGGUGAUGAACUGGUAAAAAAAAAAAAAAAAAGAAAGAAAAGAAAUGAGCUGAGAGAGGGAUUCCCAGCAGCUUUCAUCACAAGAAGUCCUGAAUAGAUCAACUGGCUCAGGCCACACUAUCUGAGAAUUUGUUUUACGGUAGUACUGAGCUGCAGAAG